AUGGCGACGAAAACCACCUUUCCAGACCCCGCGACUAGACCCUACAGGAAGCAGCGGGGCGGGCCCCGGAACGAGAUAGCUUUUUAUAACCAAACAUUUAUAAACGAGAUGUUUAUAAGACAAAACUCUCAAGUGGGGAUCAUAGAAAACAUGGAACCGAGGCUCAUAAAAGCCCCCUACUUUCAAUGUGAGAGGGGAAAUGAUUUGAUUCCCGUGUGCCAGAUGGAAACGAGUAUUUUAGCAAGGAAGAUCUUUUCUACUAAAGAGUGGUUCCAAAGGAUCAAUGGUAUAUUGCAGAGGAAGUUUCUAGUUAGCGUUCUACAGCAGUUAAAUAGCUUGUAUUUGUUACACUAUUUCCAAAAUAUCCUGCAGACCACCCAGGGAAAGGAUUUCAUCUAUAACAGGUCUCGGAUUAACCUAAACUGGAAGGAGGGGAAAGUUGUGAAGUUCUCCUCGAAUCAAAUGUCGGAUAAUAUGGAACAAGAGAUGAAGGAGAUCUUGUACUGGUUUCGUGCCAGCACCCACCGGACUAAGGCAAAUUACACUCUCCUGCUGCUGCAAAUGUGCGACCCCAAAUUACUGCUCACUGCUGCUGAUGUGAUCAGAGCUCUGUUUCAGAGAAAGUGGAACAAUAUCACAGGGCUCAGUGAUGACUCCAUUGAUGUGGUUUAUUUCCCUGAGAAAGACUACAAUUCCAAGUCAGAAACGUCACAUGUUCAUUGGACGGCAAGAACCAGGCCCACAUCCUUCCUUUUGUCUAGAUCCUUAGGAAAUAAAAGACUUGAAAAUUCAGAGAGAGAAGGAACUAAGGAACAAUGGAAGAGUUCGCUCCAGUGUAUUUUUGAGAUGAAUGAACUAUUUUCCAGAAAAGCAGGCAUGUCCAGGCUGGGGGAUAAUCUCUGCAAUCUGUUGAUGGACCUGCAUGAUGUCAGAGACCUGUCUUCUGAGUUUAGCAAAUACCGUGACUUUAUCCGUGACCUGCCUGUCCACCUCUCCAAGUACAUUCUAAGAAUGCUGGACAAAAACACCCUGAACAAAUGUGCUUCUGUGAGUCAGCACUGGGCUACCCUAGCUCAGCAAGUCAAGAUGGACCUAUCCACGCACACCUUCAUUCAGUACAAGAUUGUCCUCCUGCAGAAUUUCUGGGGUUUUUUUUUGGGGUCCUACACAAGAGGAAUAGAACCCAAUUACGCCAACAGGCUUCCUAUCCCAGUUCCUAAAAUGACAGAUGAUGGGAAGCGCAUGCAUGUGAAAAAUCAGAAGUGGAAACUGAACAAAGUAUUCCGUUUUUAGAAUGACUAGCACCUGUGGACUGUAUACCAGAACCAGGAAACUCAGCAGGUCUUGAUGGAGGAGAGAAAUGUUUCCUGUGGGACCUACAAUAUCCUCAUUCUCUCUGAUAUGUGGGACCAAAACAGAGUCAUCCAUUUUUCUGGGGGAGAUUUGGUAGCUGUGUCAUCUAAUCGGAAGAUCCAGCUUCUGGACAUCCCUCAAGUCAAGGAGUUACCCAUCGUGUUUUGAGGCCAUGUUGGGAGUAUCCGGGCCCUCUUCUUAUGCGAGAAGGAAAACUUUCUCCUAAGUAGGAGUUAUGACCAAAGUAUCAGAUGCUGGGAUCUUAAAAGUGGGGCUUGCAUACGAAUCUUCUAUGGCCACCAGGGGACAGUCACUUGCAUGGAUUUAUAUAAAAUGCUUGUAUCUGGAGGAAGAGAUGCCCAGGUGAAAGAAUGGGAUGUAGAGACAGGGAAGUGCCUGAAGACCUUUAAACACAAAGACCCCAUCUUGGCCACCAGGAUCAAUGACACCUACAUUGUGAGCAGCUGUGAGCGAGGGACAGUCAAAGUGUGGCACAUUGCCACGGCUCAGCUAGUGAAAAAUCUCAUGGGACAUGAAGGAGCUGUGAAAUGCCUGUUUUGUGACCAGUGGCAUCUUCUCUCAGGAAGUGCUGAUGGCCUGGUCAUGGCCUGGAGCAUGGUGGGAAAGUAUGAGUGAUGCCUGAUGGCCUUCAAGCAUCCAAAGGAGGUGCUCCAUGUGUCCCUUCUUUAUCUUCGUGUCAUCAGUGCCUGUGCAGAUGGAAAGAUACAUAUUUAUAAUUUCCUCAAUGGAAACUGUCUGAAGGUGAUAAAAUCUAAUGCCAGAGGUGAUCCUGUGCUGUCCUUCUUUUAUCAUGGCAACAGGAUGGUGGUCAACACAGAGAGCAAUAUUCUCAUGUUCCAGUUUGAGAAUAUAAAGUGGCAGUACUCCCACGAAAGAAGUAAACAAAAGAAGAGUAAGAAUAAAGAGGAGGAAAAGGAAGAAAAAAGUCUCCUGGACAUUCUUUCCAAGUCUAGCACUCAGGUUCACAGCGUAAGAGAAUCUGUAUCCAGUAAACAAACUGUUACCCAGGAGUUCCUACCAAAUAAACCUCACAAGUCUCACCUUCUUCUGAAUCCAAGCAAGCUACCUCCAGAUGAUGAGGAGAAAGUACAAAUACAAAGACAACUGAAAGCUCCUGAAAAAUUGAUCAGACAUUCAAAGAAAAAGUCCUGGAAAAUGCCUAUGUCACCUAACCGGUUUCUUCUGACUGUCAGUGCCUUGCAACAAGCCCAUAAUUCUGGAGAAUUUGCCUAUCCCCAUAAGCCCCAAACUCAAGUCAUUGAUACCUGGGUACCUUCAAUUUCAUACCCAAGGAAGGUCCUGAAUUUCAAGGGAAAGUCAAUCCAACAUGCAGUUGACUGGUUGAAAUUUAAUAAUCUUCCAAUAGAUGUGAAACAAAUUAAUAUUCCUCUUGAAAUCCAGAAACUGAAGCCCAACUUGAAGAGAUCUUUGCAUAGUCCCAGUGUGCAGUCUACCAUACCCCGGCCCAUGGUCAUCCACCCCAGGUUCUCUGACAGCUUAAAAGGUGAACACCACUUGACCAGUUCUACUGGAAAAGCAGUGCACCAUAUGGGCCCCCUGACCAGCAUGCAGGUCGUUAAGCCCAACCACAUGCCAGCUCCACAAGUGAGCCUGGCUACCCUGACUCUCAAGAAAGAAAGGCCGCACUUCAACACAACUCUGGAUCCCCUUUGAAUGAACACACAGUUCGUGCUAUUGACUGUGAAUGAAGAGAAAGAGUAUGAGGAAGCCAAGAUGAGAGACUAUCAGGCCAGUGAGCCCACUAGAAUGGUCAAUCCAGGAAAAGCAAGCAAGGCUGGGUGGAUCCAGAAGAUCAAAGGUCUGCCUAUAGAUAAUUUCAUAAAGCAAGGGAAAAUAGCAGCUUCUGAACUUGGACAAAAUAUAUUCAUCUAAAUGAGCCUUGGGAAAUUACAGUGUAUUACAAUAAACAGAAAACCAAGUGGGUAUUGUAUUUGGCCUUGCCCUGCCCACCUGGCCCCUCCUUUCCUUCUUUUUUUUUGGUACCAGGGAUCGAACUUGGGUCCUUGCGCUUGCGCACCUUUCCUUCUUUCUUUGACAAUUCCCUGGCAAUUAAUGUGGAAACUCCUAUCUUCCUACCAGCAAAGAACAGAUAUUAUCAGAGUAAGAAAGGAGGAAGAGGAUAGGAGAUAUUGGCCUCUGCAUUUUUAUUGGAAACCAUUCAAUGAGAUUUAGGGAAGUUCAAUUUCAUUGAUAGGUGGUAGGGAAAUCUUGGAAAAUUAGAUACUACUCACCACUACCAAUUUCAAGAUGUCAAUUUGUCCAGGAAAUGAGGGGUUGUAUCAGAAUAAUUAAUUGAAAUUUGCUGAUAUUUUGGUACGGAAACUCAAGUGAGUUCAGUUACCCUAAAAGGGUGAAGCUCUAGACAGGUUGACUUAUUAUAUUUGAAAAUAUUUGGUGUGUGUUUCCUUCUUAAGGCUAACUCCUUUGGAAAAGAAUCAUUUACAUCCUCCCAACAAAGAGAGAUACUAAUAUCAAGUGGGUUGAGAUUUCUAUUUAAACCUUUGGAGGGUAGUCAAGGUCAGACAGGUAAUUUAGAGGAGUCAGUCCCCCAUAGGCGCUAUGGCCCAGUGGAGAGCCCAUGCUCCAUCCACAGGGCAUAGCUCCUACUUCGUGGCUUAGCAUGGCCAGAUCUUGCCCUAUAUUUUUAAAGAAUAAUUAAUUUAAGUAGAAUGCAUAACAAAAGUAAAAACAACAAAAAGUCAGUCCUAUAAAAACCCACAACACGGGGCUGGGGAUUUAGCUCAGUGGUUUCACUGCCUGCUGCGCAAGCACAAGGACCUGAGUUCGAUCCCCGGUACCAAAAACAAUGACAACAGCAACAAAACCCACAACACCGAGUAAGCCACCAAAAACAUGCUUCAGACAGGCUAGAUGCAGAGAACAUCUAUCCAUCUCCGAGUAAGCAUGUAUUUACUUUGCCAAGCUCUCUAUCCUUUGGUAAAUGUGUGUUUGUGUGUGUGGGAUGUUUCUUCACUAUUUUGAUACUAGGUUUAAAAUAUCACUGAUAAAUAGCCAUGUAAAAAAAGGUUUUUUUGUUUUGUUUUUUGUUUUAAGUGCAGGGAGGGGAUCCAACCUUAGCCUCCCACAUGCUAAGCAAGCACUCUACCAGUCAACUACACCCCCCAGCCUAAAAUCUGUAGUUUUUAAUGAAAAGAAUCCCUUCAUUUAAGGAAACGUGGGAGUAUUAUUCCGUGAGCCUUCCAACAGUAGUCUGAUUUAGGUCAGGCAGAUAGGCUAUUCCUAUCAUCACAGCCCCUGAAUUUUAGUUCUAAGUAAAAUUACACCAUUAGCGGCCGAACUUCAAACAAUAAUAA